AUGGAUCUAGGAGAGUUCCAGCUGCGAGGAAGAUUGCGUCCAACUUCGGCCAACUGGGUCUUUGCGUGUAUGCGCGUGUACCAUGAAGUACCUGACUGGCUCUCCCUAAGCUCCGGGAUACCUGGGUUUGACCCGGUGUACCAGAGCCACACCAAAGUUUGUCUCGAAACUUCGGAAGAGUCACGCCGCUCCACACUGCAUCGCCUCCUGCUUAAGUCAUCCUCCUACCACUUCUGCCUUAAUUCCGUCAUUAUCUCAUCCUUUGUCAAGUCAUCAAACCACUCCUUUAAAGAGCCGCCAACGAACAACCAGCCAAGAACCGAGCUUCGUAGAGCCGUAUCACCCACCGAUCCAUCUGUCCUCUUCUCAACUGAAUAG